UCCUCUCUCAGCGAGUUUUGAGGGUUGAAGCGGAUCGCGGGUUGCGAGCAGAGUCAUUCAAAUGCCAGCAGUGAUCGCGAGUGGGAUUAAAAUAAUAUAAACUAUAAAUUAAUCGCUUUGUAGGUGUUUUACUUCAGGGAGAUAUUCAUAUCCCUACAAUGUCAGAAAUGGGCUGAUCUCGAGCCAAUUCAAUAAAAACAAAAGAAAAAUGGAUAUUAACAAUGCAUCAAUUGCACAAUUAAUGAGGUGGCUGAGUGUUAAAGUUAUCCAACCACGGUUGAAAAAAAUUUCAUUGGAAACGCGCACUUAUGUACUUGGAAUCAAAUAACGGCGAUGACGAAAAUGAGGACAAGUUUGAAGUUGAUGAUUGCGAAGAAGCGACGGAGGCAAAAAGAACAGCAAAGACGGAGGCGAAGAUAACGGGAAAGACGGAGGCGAAAAUAACGAAAAAGACGGAGGCCACAGAAACGGCGAAGACGGAGGCGAAAAUAACGGUGAAGACGAAGGCUACGUAGAAGAAAAUUAUGUUCCAAACCCAUUUGUACCAUAGACAUGAACCUCAUCACAGUCUUGUCUUAAAUAACUGGCUUCCAUACAAAGCUAUUUGGAUUGGCAUGCAUGGAAGAUCUUUUUGCUGUCAUUUCUUUUUGGUAAAACAUUAAAUAUAUCAUUUGCAUAGAACAAGCUCGUGGAAGUUUUCCAAGUUUUUUUUUCAUUUGCAUAGAACAAGUUUUCCACAUUUUUUUGUCAGAAUAUAAACCAGUGUAAGACGAAGAGAGAAUGAGCGCAUGGGAAAUCAGCACACAUCUGAGGGAAAGAGAGAGUAAAGCUUGACGGGGGGAUUCUAGAAUAUUUUAGCCGGUUAAACGAGAUUUUGUUUAGAAUUUUACAGUUAUGAUUAUUAUGAUAGCUCCCAAAAAGUUACGUUAAUAAAAGUUGUACGUAACUUCGAUACUUCUCUUUUCGACCAGAGGAAUUUUGGGCGGGACGCGACUGUUAGCGUAGGUGCCUAAAAGCAGGCCACAUAAAUUUUCCCAGCUUUUUAAUAGCUUCUUUGCUGAAAGCUUUUCGCCCAUACAUUGCCUACUUUUGGGGUAAGCUUGUGCUUGGAGGGAAACUCAGUGCUUGCAUAUUAUCCAGUUCGUUUGUGACCUUGAUCUAUUGAUAUCCCUGUUUGUUUAUUUAUUGCAGCUCCCUGCCGUUUUCUAUUCAACCACUUUGCGUAUCUAAACUGAGCUCCUGCCAAGUGCUGGCUCCUCGGGGUCCUGCUGCUACUCACAAUUGCCGCCAGCUGGCCAAAGGGGACAUUCGCCGCACCGCGAAGGGCUCGAGGACUCUCACUGAGGUCUACACCUUCGGAGCCCCCAAGACACGAGCCCAAUUUGAUAACGAACAAGACUGAGGGCAGGCCCUUUUGCAAGGAUAUGAAUUACUCAGCGGAAAAGCGGUUGGAGCAACUCGAGUCGGCUCGCCAAGUGGCCAGUAACACCAAGAAGGCCGUCAUCUGCCUGACCAAUGAAUACUUGUCACAGUACGAAGUUAAUGAAACCUUUGCCCAAAAAAUGGAAAGUUUAAAUUUUCGUAAACUGGGACUGGAGCAUCCGCUGCACUCGGAAGUGAAGAAGGUUGCCUUCAACAAGCAAACGGAGGAGUUCUCCUACACGGGCACUGUGGCCGAUGUCACCAACGAGCUGCCCGCCAUCAUCGAGACCCUGCUCGUCUUGCAGAACCUCUUCGAUCAGAUUAAGUUCAAGCAUCAAAUGUGGCACUGCUACUUCUAUCACUUCAUGGACUUCUUCAGGGAUAACAUCCAUAAAGCGCUGAAUGUGACCAACACGGAGAAAACGUGCAAUCCCAGAGAUGUGCAUUACAAUAGGGGCCACUUGGAGCUGCCGUUCGUCUCGGCCGUGGAGACCAUUAAGGUGCUGACCAUCGUGGAAUACAAGUACGAGCAGCUGCUCAACCAGAGUUAAGUACACUAAUCCACCGAUCCGCUGGCCAAAUGCCACCGCAAAAAGCCAUACCAAAAAGAAUCGCCUCUGCAAUCUGCGAUCUGAAAUCUCAAAACAAUCGUAUUUCGUAUCCAGUUUCGAAGACCCUUUUAUUUAUUAUAACUUAUUCGUAUUUAUAUCGCUUUCGUAUUCUAUAUAUAUACAUAUAUACCCAUACCCAUGCAACGCAUU